AUGCAAGGAGAAGAACGACAUACAAUGACACAAUCCGAGAAUGAGGAGGGAGGAAAGGAGGAGGAGGAGGAGGAGGAGGAGGAGGAGGAGGAGGAGGAGGAGGAGGAGGAGGAGGAGGAGGAGGAGGAGGAGGAGGAGGAGGAGAGAGGGCCGCUACUGAUGGGGGGGUGGGGGAGUGCUGGGGAGAUUCCCCGCUACCGGAUGCACUUACACUGGGGCCGUUGCCCGAAGUACCGAAGGGUCAGCAUCCGCGCCGCUCCCCUGAUGCAUCCGCGCCGCUCCCCUGAUGCAUCCGCGCCUCCCCCCUGGUGCAUCCGCGCCUCUCCCCUGAUGCAUCCGCGCCUCUCCCCUGAUGCAUCCGUGCCUCUCCCCUGA